GUUCAACCAAGCUACUUCGCGGAAUCGGAACUCUUUCUGCCCUAUUUUGUAGCCUGAACAAAAAUGUCUUCGCGAAGGUAAUUAACCCAGUUUUCGUUAAACUUAGGAGUUACUAAGUCAUUCCUUUAACAUAUAUGCUUUUUGUUUUGGAUUUUAGGUGGUUUCACUCGCAUAUUUCUGGUUAUAAUGCAGAGAAGUUGUUGUUAGAGAGAGGUUUCGAUGGAAGCUAUCUUGUUCGUCCAAGCGAGAGUAACCCUGGAGACUUUACUCUGUCAGUCAGGUAAUUGCAACUAGAUUAUAAGGAAGACAACCAUGGUCUAGGCAGAAAGGUUUAAAAUCUACCUCCUCUUACAGAUCGACAGAUCUACCCGAGAAAACAUUUAUAUUGGCGCGAACGUACAUGUAUACAACCAGAAGAUUACUUUAAGAACGACCGAUUCUAAUUUAUUUUAGAGUCUGCUACCUUAAUCUUAAUUAAUAGUUAUCCAACACCUCAGUUCCAACUUUGAAUCACUGUAUUUAUAAAUAUUUCUUAAACAAUAGAAAACUUUUUCCGUGUUUCCACGGCCUGAUAUUAACGCGUACGAAGGGGUGGAGGGCUGGAAUGGUAAAUGGAACGGGGGAAUGGUGGAAUGGUGGAACAGCGGAACGGCGGAAAAUCAACCAAAACCCUAAAACGCGGAAAGGCGGAGAUUCGAUCCAUAGCCUUAAAAGCGGGUGGCCAAAAAAAAAUUGUAAAGAAAGGUGAUAUGAAAAAAUGAGACAUUGAUUUAAUUUGUUCUCCUUCUUGUUUGAAAAUAUUGCUGUACCAACCAACAGCGUCCAGAAUCAUCUGGCAGUUCCAAAUUUGUUGAUUUGUUAAUGUGAAUAUGAUCAAAUGCAGGUUUGUGUAACUGUCUCGAAUUCUCCCAACACCCUCUGGUGUUUACAUCAGGCUAUGCAAACACCAAAAUGGUCUUCUAUUGCCUAAUUAAUAUUACAGACAUUACUGAAGAACCAAACUUUGUUUUACACUUCCAUUUCCAACCAGGACUGAUAGAGUUCUUGUUCAGUACAGUAAAAACUCAUGUGUAAGAACCUACAUAUUUUUGAAGUCUGUCAGAAAGGUUCUUGUAUUUUGGGAUAGUUUAAGUAGCAAAUUACGCUAAGAAAGUUUUCAUUCAUUAUGUAUACGGCAGGGGGAAGGGCAGAGGAUAAUUUUUAAAGGAGCAAAAAUUUUUCAUAUCCCUCCCACAUCAUACAGAAUUUUUUGACAUCCUCCCCUCAUGACCAAAAGAAAAAAUGAAAAAAAAUGGUUAAUUGUGAUGAUAAUGAUGGUGAUGAUGAUGAUGAUGAUAAAGAGACAAUCUGUGACAUUAUUAUUUAAAGCAGGAGAAAAGUAAAGGUGAUAAUGAUAAUGUAGAUAAAACUUGUUACUGCACAAAGUAAAGGACAUUAGAAAAUCAGGAACUUCUCUUAUGUAGUGGUUCAUCAAUAACAUUACAAUACUAAAUCUUUCAAUGGCAUCUCCCCCUUCCUGCCUUCAGAAAUUUUUACCAUCCUUCCUUUUCCCGUCAUAAAAUUUUAAGAUCCCCCCCAAAAAUUCCCCCUUGGUAUAUAUAAUGAAUACGGCCUAGGAUACUGAUAAUUAUUCAUUCUCGUCCCAAGAGCCUGUCAUUUCUUUUGGUCACGUGGUCUUGAAAUGAGGGGCUCUGGAAGUAGCCGUUAAAAAAUUUUCUUACUUCCGGUUGUGCAUGUGUACAAGUUAUAAAUAUCACUGCGCAUGUUCCUAACAGAUUUUUGACACUUACGGGGUCCACUGGGGGAGAUAUUUUACUUCCUGAGCUCUCCCCGGAGAGUUGCUACUUUAGGAUGUUUUGAAAAUUAUAUACAGACGACACUGAUCAGCUUAGUUUGCUCAACUUGGAUUCACUUAUAAUUUAGAGUUACAGUUUUACAACUUCAACUAGGGCCACCUGAGGACUUUCAGCCAAUCAGAAGCCUCUCUUUUAACAAAGAACUGGGUAUACGGACCUCAUCGGGAAGUGUCCUAUUUUCUAUUGGUUAGUUUCGAUCCUAAAUGUUUUUGCCAUCUAGAAUGGUGUGUCGUAUACACUUACCCAUCUUUCUUGUGUGGCUGCCUUCUCUAAAAUAUACAUAUAUAUAUAAAGAGUAGACACACUGAAUUCUGCAAAGCUGAUCGUACUACACGAAAACUAACUUUGCAAGACAUCAACACGACACCGAAAGAACCAAAAACAGAGUGGGGUCGUAGCAGUAGACAGCUGCUUGCCCUUUUUUGGGGCUCGUCAGUACGGCGCAAUGAACAGAGAGGCUCUGCCAUAAAAUUCCUGCACACUCUGUUAUGAAGCCCUGACAUGAACUCAGAGGGCAACCAACCUUAGAAACAUGGGCAAAACCAUGCAAAAAUGAACAGCAGUUUAAAUGUCAAUUUAUUAUAUAUAUAACUAUGAAUAUUUUUUAGGGCAGCUCCAAAUUAACCAAACAGGUGUCAAAAACCAUUUGACACACUUCUGACAUACAGUCGAACCUCCACUGACGGCCACCCCUAUACAACGGCCACUUUCUUCUGUCCCCAAGGUGGCCGCUGUAGAGAGGGUCAUCUGUAUUUGGAAAAAUUUGGUUGUUGGGUGCCUUGCCCCUGAAUAUCGUACACUUAAUUGUUUUCUUAUUUUAUCUGCUGGUGUCUUUGUGUCAGAGUGAUUGUGGAAAGACUACCGAUUAAGAGGUCAAUGUUAUUUCUAAAUCAAGCACCUUAUCAGUAAAUCACUUACUCAAAAGGCUUUUUUUACCCACCUCUUCAAUUAUCUUUGCUUAGUAGAUUUGACUGUUGUUGCCACCCAACAAAGUUUUUGUCAUCUUUUUGAUAUAAUUUCUACUAAAUACUUUUGCUAACUGUAAUUGGUUUCAUAUGAUACAGAACCAAUCAAAAUCCAAGAUUUUCUGAAGGAGGAGUCAUGCAUUGCAUUUAAACGAGCUGCCUUGGAUAAUUUAUCAAAAUUUAAACCGGCGGAACUACCACCAAACCGAGUGAAACGUAAAAAUAAUUGCUCAAAACAUUACAAGACGAUAUGUGUAACACAGCAAAUACAAAAAAGGGCAUGAAUGGACAAACUGAAGAAGGAUUGAAACGGAUUACAACUGUCGUUUUUGAAAAUUUGUUUGCGUAAGAGUUUUUCAGAGUUCGUUUUGUUGUUUUUAGCGGAGCUCUCGCGCGCGAAGCGCGCAGCGGAGCGCCAUGAAUAAGAAAAUGUGGUAAUCUACCCAUCCGAGAAAAUUUGGUAAUCACGUGACCGUACACCGACCGCCCGAGAGACCUUCCGUGCGUUGCACAGGCAUACCAAUGUAAAAUAACUCAACCAACUGGUAUGGCAAUCCAAAUGCAACUCGAGUUUAUUUUGGCGCGAAAUCGCAUAGCCACCCGCGUCUUGUAAAACAGAAGCAGCUAAACAGUCAAUAAAGACGAAAACGUAAAGCGGAAAUUGUUUCUGUAUCCUUGUUGUCUAAAGUAUUAAGCUUAGAUUAAUUGUCAUGUCCACAAAUUUGGAACAUAGAGCAAGAGAAAGACAGAGAAAAAGAGAGAGUAGGCGGCAGGCCAGCGAAACUCAACGAGAAAAAGGGCGACAGAGAUCUAGAGUGAGAGAGAAAAAAUAAAGGAGAAAUUUUUUGUUGGAAGAACAACGUGAAAAUUUUUUAGCGGUAGUGACAAAAUGAGAAAUGCUAGUGGCCACCAAUGCAAGGAAAAAAUCAGCGGCAGUGAAAAAAAUGUGAAUGAGAACGCGUACCACAUUUCCUCCAUAAAAAGGCUUCUGGAAGUUUCGCGUGGUAGUCAUGGAAAACAACGGCAAAGAAAUGUACGAAAAAAGUGUGCUGCUCUACUGUCGCAAUUUGUAAUAAUCACCGCACUUUGUAAUACCUGUCGCAAUUUUUAAUAAAUUCAUCGCACUUUGUAAUAAAAAAGCUGACGCAAUUUGUAAUAACUGACCAUCGCACUUUGUAAUAAACUAAAAUGUCGCAAUUUGUUAUAAUUCCAUCGCACUUUGUUAUAAACUUAAAUUAUUUUCUUUAGUCAAACAUGCAUGUCUUCCGUUAUAAAUUUUUCUGCCUUAAUUAAUCACGUGACCAACGAGAAUCACUUUUAUGAAAGACAUGAAACUUCCUGUGACAUGUGACCAAAAAAAAGAUAUGAAUCAUUUCAUAUAUUUGAAUUCAAAAAUAUUUAAAUAACAAAAGCAACAUUUAACAACAGAAAAUUCAUGAAUAACCUGGCGUUCGUCGUCUCAAUCCAUGUUUGCUUGCCACGUGACAGGUGAAGUCUUCGGGGUGGGAGGGGGGAUAAUCCCAUAUACAUGUAAAGGCUAGGUAGGUAAGUGCCGCUGAGGAUCUCGAACCUUAAAUAGGGUAUCAUUUUUUACCUUGUUGGCUUUGUGUCUUUGGUUUGAUCCUUAGAUCGGGUAACUUAUACAGUAAUGGAUGGUUUGGUUUAUUAUCCUUUGCAUUUUGUGGAAAAAAAAAAUAAUCGUGAACACGCUCGGAAGAAUUGCAAGGUCUUGUGAGCUGUACUCAGGGAAGGAGAAUUUUUUACUAUCCCCACGGUAUUUGCUUUACAGGGCUCCAUAGAAAAAAAUUGUUUUCAUUAAGAUGGAACGAUACUCCUUUUGUUCCUAUAUGAGACCAAAUCAAGAGAGAAUAAUGGACCAAAUGGUCAGCCGGCUCAGUGUAUGACCUCAAGUGAGUUUUAUAAAAACAGGUACAUACAAAGGUAUUGGCCAGCGACUAAUUGGACAUUACAUUUUGAAUUUUUACAGGCCUCGUCUGAUUAAGUUGGCCAAAAUAUGGCAGCCACUAUUGCUUCUUUUAAGAUUUCGCGUUAGACAAGGACGGUUGUGUCGACCUGUUAUAAGAUCUUAAAAGGAAAGCUUUCCUGGUGUCCUUAUUUGAAUGAUGUAAGGAUGGAUGUUACGAUUUGUGAAAAUUAAAUGCCUUUUAAUAAUAGCUCGUUUGUGUCUAGAUUCUGUACUCUGACAACGCUGUGUCUAGCGGCACAUCCCCGCAUUGGCCAUAUAAGGGAGUUCGCCCCCCCAGGUAACCAUUGCAUGCAAACCAUCUAGUACAAUAGCAAGGUUUAAGAAUACAGAAUUUCGUACGUCAGAAGUUGCGUGCUUGCCGACGUCAUCAUCUUAGUUUACAAAGUAGCAUUCAUAUUUUGGCAUUAUAUUUAUAAUGUUGACGAAGUAAGCUGAAUCACUCCCAAAAAAUUAUUACAAAGUGCGAUGGAAUUAUUACAAAUUGCGACAGCUUAGUUUAUUACAAAGUGCGAGGGACGGUUAUUACAAAUUGCAACAGCUUUUUUAUUACAAAGUGCGAUGAAUUACAAAUUGCGACAGGUAUUACAAACUGCGAUGAUUAUUAUAAAAUGUGACAGCACAGCUGCACGUGCAAAGUUUUUUUUGCUAAUUAAACCUAUUGUUGUUUUUCACCGUUCUCCGGCGUUGCCUUCGCUGCUUAGCAUUACACGAUUUUAUAUUUUGUUUCAGAAAUUGUAAAUGCCGAGACUAGGAAUGCGAUCGAAGAACUUGAACUACUUGCAAAAUAGGACAUCACGACUUUACCACAUUUGACGCACGUAUAAGAAAUGUAAAAUGUAAAAAUGUAAAUGUAAAAAUAAAAAAUGUUCUAACUUCUAUUAUAACAUGUCUUAUUUUGCAAGUAGUUCAAGUUAUCUUGUUUGAACAAACUAUAAAUAUUAUCGAGAACUUUGCUUUUAGUCCCGGCUAAAUCUACCAAUACGGUAUUAACGUUUGAUUGAAUGCUUGAGAGACAUAUUUGUCUAGCAGGAAGCUCUGUCAUUCACGAGUAAUUUCUCAAGUUCCAUAGCGAAUAAGGACAUGGCAUUAUAAACAAAAUGAAUUAGUCACCUGUGACACAGCCUUUUAAAUGAUUUCAGUUCUACGACGUUGAAAUUAAAUUGCGUGACUUUUGAGAUUUCGAUUGGUUGCAUGACAUGGAGCCCAUCAAAAAUCUUAAAAAAUUGUGAAGAACGUCCGGUGAUGUCCUAAACUUGGUCGUGUGGCACAUGUAGAGCAGUUUCCAUUGUAAGAGAUAACAGGGAAAUAUGCAUGAUGAUGAUGAUAGUAGAAGUAAAUUUCUGUAAUGGUUUUUUUGCUUUCACUUGCAGACGAGGUGGUGAGGUCACGCACAUAAAAAUUCAAAACACAGGAGAUUUUUAUGACCUGUAUGGGGGAGAGAAAUUUGCUACUCUGUCAGAGCUGAUACUGUUUUAUACUGAUAAUCCUGAGAAAUUGAGGGAAAAGAAUGGUCAAGUUAUUGAACUGAAAUACGCAUUGAAUUCUACGGAUCCCACCUCUGAAAGGUUAGUAGCAGGUUUGUUUUUUGGUUUUGGUUUUACUGAACAGCACUUACUGUCAGUUAUUAUCUGUCGGCAUACACUUACCUGUUUAAACUCAAAACAGCAACUAUUUUGUCUUUAUUUUUAUUUUAAUAAGGAUGUAACUUAAAGUUAUCUUACACUUGUAUAACUAUUCCUACAAACUAUAGUAAAUGCCUAAUAGGACUCAGUCCAUAAAUGUAAUGAAUACAUAGGAGGCAAUGAACGGUUACGUUAGAACGGAGGACUUGAAAUCCGGAGGCCCCAAGUUCAAGUACCGAACUGGGCCGGGUUUUUCAAAGCUGGGUUAAGAUAACCCAGGGUUAGUGCGAAAUUUGAAUUCAGAUAUGGAAGCUUUAAAAGUAAAUUCAGUUUAAUCCUUUUUAGACUGCGAGCAGUCUCUCUUUCUCCCAUCUCGCGCCUUCAGUCACGCGCGUGGUCAUUUGCGUGUCUUGGGCGUUUUGCUCGACAGACCAAGAAAAAAGAGAGACUACUCGUAGUCUAAAUCCUUUUUGUCAACAAGUUGACGAUUGGAUGCUCUUAAAAAUAACAGAGAAAAUGAUCCGAGAAAAUGCUUUGAACAAAAGAAAAAAACCCAGGUUAAAUUUAACCCUGGGUUAAGCGCUAAUCGGCCUUCGAUCAACUGGGUCCUGACCCCUAGCUGGAUUAGUUCUCGGUAGUCCACAGGCAGCCCAAGCUCGGUGAAUAAAUUACCGCGAGUUUUGAUACUGGUUUACAUAUUACGGACGACUGAAAUUUGGUUUUAUUAUUGUAUUUUAAAAUUUUUGAAUGAUCUUGGUUAAACUUAUCAGUGUCACUUUCGCCUUAGUUUUGAAAUAAAGCCAUUUUUCAACAGAUGAAUGUCUUCUUUUGCCUAUCAUUUAAAAAAUGUAUAACAAAACAAUUAUUGAAUUCGGUUUUCGCAUGAUAUCAUGAAUUAUCAAAACCUCGUGUCUGUAUUAUCUGCCUCAGCCUUCGGCUUCGGCAGAUAACACAGACCUCGGUUUUGAUAAUUCAUGAUAUCAUGCUCAACCUCAUCCACUAAUUGUUUAAUAUAGUUGUUAUAACGUAGAAAUAAUGGCAUAAAUAUGGAAAUAAAUUUUACCUACGUAAACUUGAUCCUGUUAUUGCUUUUUCUGUAUAAGGUGGGCUAUAUUCAUCGCCAUUUUCUACGGUUUUGUGGCUAGUUGUUUGUUCGGUUUUGUUUUCCUACAUACAGCGAAGCAAGAGAGUUUACUGUGUGCAGCCUAAACUCACAAAUCUCUCCCGCGUCAAAGCACAGCGCAAAGAUUCAGCAGAUUAACACCACGAGUUGUACAUAAAACCUGUUAUUUGUUCCUACUGUGUGCAAGCUAGUGGUUGUACCCGGGGGGGGGGGGAAGGGACUGGGUACUCAACAAAUGUUUAUACGGGGAGGCUCCGCCACAAGGUCUAAACCCUUACCCUUUUAUAUACCAUUUUUUAAAGAAAAAGGUACCCCUUUCGUAUAUCUUCUAUUGACAAAUGGUACCCCUUUCACUUACCUUGUUUAGAACUUUGUGUUCCUUUUAACUGCUGUAGAUGCACUGUCUUUUAAAUAGAAAUCAGUCACAAAAAUAGAACGUUUUCUCAACUUUAUAAAGCCAUAAAACUCAUCUGUUAGCCCUUUUGGGCCCUUUUACAGACCCAAAUGACAGAUUUUCCUACCCUUUUAUAUACUUCAACUAGUGAAAUCCCUAACCUUUCAUAUACCUGAAGCCUGAAGAAGAUGCCCCUUUCGGUCGAAGCCUCCCCGUAUAGGCCAUCAUAGGAAGUACCCCCUGGAGGUUGUACGUUUCUAACUUAUCUUUAUAUUUUGCUGGCUAGAUGGUUUCAUGGAAACAUGCCCAGUAAAGAGGCAGAGGUAAUGAUGCAGGACAAGGGCGAGGAUGGAUCUUUCCUGGUAAGAGAAAGCCAGAGCAAACCAGGAGACUUUGUUCUUACAGUCAGGUGAGCUUUUUAAUGAUUUUACCGUUGCCUUGUUUGUUUUGAUCUUCAUCAUAGCGUCUUUUACUUUGAUGUGCUAUAAAGCACAUGAAGUUUCCGAGUAUAUGUACAAUGUAAAACAGAUUAAAUACUUUCUGUUGCAAUUAGUUGCAGGUUCACCUAUUUUCUGCCAUUAAAUAACUGAACUAAAAACUGUCUCUGAAUAAAGACGAAUAGGAAAGAAUUUGGCACAAGCCUAAAACAUUGGUUCUAUAGGGUUCUUUGGAAAAAUCAAUCACGAACCAUUGAUUAUGUUUUUCUCAUGCUUUGAAGAAUGAACUGUAAUAGUGAAAAGCCAUUUGUGCAUCAGCAGGUGUUAAUUUGUUGUCGUUAUUUUGCAUACAUGUACACUUGGGAUUCAAUUCAUAUGAUGCUGCCCUUUUUACUGAUGUGGUUAACGUAGACUGUAAGGCCUAGGGCAAACGUCGAACUUUUCAUGAGAUGAACCAAACUUACUGUUAGUGAGUUAAGUUCAUAAAAAGUUCGACGUCUGUCUCAGUUAAGUUCGUCUAAAUGAGUUUGGAUCGUCCAACGCGCUCAACACGUUCCAUCCGUCUGCUUCAGACGGAUUUAACGUCUGAAGAUCGUCUCCGGGACAAACGACGAUCUUCACAUGCGACGAACUAAACUGAUAAAAUAAAUUAAAAAAUUGUAUGGUAAUGUAUAUUUAGCCUCGUUCGGAAGAAAAUUUAUUACUGAUGUGAUUCAUGAUCAGUUGAUUGAUUCGACGUGUCCUAAGUCCGACGUCUGAUCCAACAGACUUAAAUUAAGUCGACCGAAAUUAGAGUUUGGUUCGUCUCAUGAAAAGUUCGACAUUUGGUCUAGGCCUAAUAGUUAAAUUUUUGUGCUGAAAAUCACGUAAAAACCAUUAGGCUAUCAUGUAAGUUCAGUCAUGGAGCCUCAUCUUUAAUUACAUGGUUAGUACAACCUGUAAUACAACCUGUAAAAGUACAGGUAACUACUCGGGAGACGUAGGUGGAAGGUGAGAGGACCCCAAAAACUUUUUUGUUUUAAUCAGCCAAAAAUGUGAAAUUUCCCCUACACUACUGGUAACGAUCCCUUGCUGGGUAUUAAUACUAAAAAGCUGAUUUAAUUUCUGGGUGUGCAGGUUUGACUAAACCCUGAACCCUAACCCUAAUACUAACAACUACAGUUGCACCCACAACUGUAUCUACAAAUUAAACCCACCACUGUUGUGACAACAGGAGUAUGCAUUAACAUUUUUCCGUUGUUAACUAAAUCAGAUUAGAGGACAAAAUUACUCAUGUCAUGAUACGCCAUUGCGUGGAAGAUGGUAAAUAUGGUGUUGGUAGAGAGAAAUUUGACGAUCUGACUAAUCUGGUGGAGCAUUAUAGGAAAAACCCCAUGAUGGAACAAUCUGGCACUGUUGUGCAGCUUAAAACAGUAAGAUGUAUAAAGAUGUUUCUCUUAUAAUAAUCAGUGAUAAUUUAGCCUCUCCCCCAUACCUGGAGAACAGUUUGUUUCUACCCGGCUGAUUUUUUGCUUCCCCGGUCACUUUCUAUCAUGACUUCUACGAGACCAGUGUAUUUCAUUGUUCAAAAUUGUUCAAAAGAAGCAAAACUAAAAAAAAAUUACCAUUGACAAAAACAAGGUCAGGUCAUCAAUCUCGCAUAAAAAAGUAUAAAUCACCUGUUCUUCUCGCUCCCGGGGGGGUACUGCCAUAUAUGGGCUAUAUAGGAAUGUUUAAUUAUUUUUCCUGGGCAAACCUAGUGGAGAUUUUAAAGUAAUAAUAUUGAUGAUUAAGACGAUGUACAAAAGGCAAGUUUAAAUUUCGCCAGUGGGUUACUGGAAGGUGUUUGGCGUAAACUAGUACAGUUUGUGGUGUACUGUGUGUUAGUUGUCAUGAUGUCAACUAACAUUGAAAAAAAUUCAGCUGUUUCACAGGAGACGGGACAUGUCUUGACAGCCUAAUAUGAUUAUUUCUGGCCGUAAGCUUGGCCAGUAGAUCAAGAGCCCUUGAAAUUCCUUUUCCAAAAUAAAACUCCGGACUUAAGCUUAAAAUAUAUAUUGAUCCAAGUGCAUGAUCAGCAGGCUCAGCAGUAAGAAUGACGGCAAACAGGCCAAAAGGAAAAAUAGUGUUGAAAAACAAAGACUAGACAGAAAAAAAAGCGGUACAAAGAAACAGAAAACAGCGUCGCCGGGAGCCGAACCCGGUUGAUCUGCACGUGCAAUCAACUCCUUGACCACUGCACCACAGUGACACACUUGAUUUGAAAAUUUAAUUUUGUCAUAUCAAAACAUUUUUUCUCUGCCAUAGACGCUGUUUGAAGCUGGUGGAGCUGUAUUUAUCAUGAAUUCAAAUAUACAUUUAAGGGGAAAAUUAGCUUAAGCGCGUAUUUCAAAGCUAUUUGGCAUUAUUUGGGGUUGAACGGGCCGACUCGAUGAAGAUAAUCGAUCGAACAACCUUUCUGAAUAUGGUGGAGAAUUAGGAGAUCAACAGAGGCCUACACUCGAAAGGAUUGAUAUGAAGUUAGGCCCGUAGAACUACCAAAAGAAUAGAUGAAAUAUAAACAUGUGUGAUCUGUGAAUGGAACCUCCUAUUCUGGAGACUGGACCUUGCCUAUUUUAGAGAAAAUAAGGAUUUAUGCUUUAAUGACCUUGCCAGUCCCGUGAAAUAGACGGCGAUCCCGCAUCACGGCCCGCAAAACAAAUAAACAAAAUUAUACAAUUACGGACACAAAAUAUAAAAACGGUUUACACAAGCAGAUUAUAGCAACACCAAAGCUCACAUACAUUCGAUAAAAUUAGCGAUAUAUAGCGAUAUCUGCCAGCUUCUUAGCUUUUCCUCGAACUCGCUCGUCCUAAUAACUGUCGUAUCCCUUGCUAAUUUGCACAAGCGACUCGAGGCUCUUGCCCGUUACUAUGUGACGUCAUACUGGCAGGCGGAGUGGCUCAAGAAACUUUGGUGGAAAACAAUAGAGUUACCUUCCCUCCCCCCUGACUCAGCCUAAAAGCUACUCUAGGAUAGGGGGAUUUUUUGCAAGGGGACCUUUUUCAUUCUUGUUCUUUCUGAACUGAAUUUAAUUAAAGAUAAAUUUGACGCGUUCGGAAGAAAGAAGUCAAACAAAUGAGCAAGAUAUUGCGGUAUCUUUUGAAGGAGCUCAGUAUCAGCCGAACUGAUAUCAGUCUCCUUUGACCGCUCCUUGCCUGCAGAGAACGCAAAUUUCAAGAGUCAACAAGCAGCCACCAUUUUCAAAUCAAAUGAUAAUUUUGCAAAAUGUUUGUAUAAAAAUAUCGAGGGGUGAAUAAUAUUAAAAGUUUUUGCAAAAGCGUUCUUUGGCUAAGGAUAUUAAAAGACACAAGCUUUCGAGCGCCUGAACUCCAGGCUUAAACGGCUGAGAUGAUGAAAGAAUAUAAAAAAAAUAAAAUAUUGUGUGUUAGAACAACAAUACAAUAGAACAAAGUUAUGGAAGAAUAGAUAUAUUGUCCUGGGAUUAAAAGAGAGUUACCGUAAAUGCGAUUAAGCGCCAAGGUGCUUAUUUCAUUUUUCCCGUUAUAGGUGAGGCGCUUAUACGAGAGCGGCGCUUAUUUCAACAAUUAUUAUACACUGAUAUUUCCUUAUUUAAACUAUGCAGUCGUAGUGUGGGGAAAUACUUAUCCAUUAAAUUUAAAAAAGUCCUGUAGUAGUAUAGGAGGGAUGUUUUACUCCUCUUUUUUGGGGAGGAUUCUGAUUAAGGUGGGGAGGAAUACAUUAACACCAAUGACGUCAUAACCUUUUGUCUUGAUCUCAUGAAUAAAAUGCUGUGGUAUCUCAUUAACUUGCGGUGGAAUCUCACUGUCUGAGGAGUAAAGUCAAACUUGUCUGUGACUUAAAAUCACGGAGGCGUAAUGUAAUUAUGCAAGUCCUAUUUCCUGCUGCUGUGAUUGUCCUAGUUCCGGUUCACUGACUUUUGGCGGGCAAAUCGUGCAUAUUAAUGAGGGCAAAGACAAACUAGCUCUUGUCCUAUUUGCUGCUGCUGUGAUUGUCCUAGUUCCGGUUCACUGACUUUUGGCGGGCAAAUCGUGCAUAUUAAUGAGGGCAAAGACAAACUAGCUAUUUUUACACUGCGCACAAUGUUUCAAUUUUAUUUCCCUCCUCAAUUUUUUCUUUUUCCCUUCUGUACAAUUUUAUUAUUUUCCCUCCUCGAUGUUUUUAUUCCCUCCUCCACAAUUUUUUUAUUAUUUUCCUUCCUCAAUGUUUUUUAUUCCCCUCCACCACAAUUUUAAUAUUUUCCCUCAAUUUCAUUAUUUUCCCUCCUCAAUGUUAUUAUUCCCUCCUCUAGAAUUUUAUUAUUUUCCCUCCUCUUCCUCCCCCUCCUCCUCCUCCUCAUUUUGAUUGUUUUUCCUUUUCCUCCUCAUUUUGAUUGUUUUGAUAGGGUCGAUGUGGGGUCGAUGUGGGGUCGAUGUAGGGUCGAUGUGGGGUCGAUGUGGGAUCGAUGUGGGGUCGAUGUGGGGUCGAUGUCGAUGUUGUUUUCCCCCCUCCUCCUCCACAUUUUUAUUGUUUUCUCUCCGCCACCACCGCCACCACCACCACCGCCACAUUUCUACUGUUUCCCCUCCACCAUCACCACCACCGUAACAUUUCUAUUGUUUUCCCUCCUCCUCCUCCUCCUCCUCAUUUCUAUUGUUUUCCCUCCAAGUUUGGCCUUCUAGGCCUUUUAGGCCUGAUUUUGGCCUCUUUGGCCUUUCGAGGGAAAACAAUAGAAAUGAGGAGGAGGAGGAGGAGGGAAAACAAUAGAAAUGUUACGGUGGUGGUGGUGGUGGUGGAGGGGAAACAGUAGAAAUGUUGCGGUGGUGGUGGUGGCGGUGGUGGCGGAGAGAAAACAAUAAAAAUGUGGAGGAGGAGGGGGGAAAACAAUAACGAUCCAACAUCGACCCCACAUCGACCCUACAUCGACCCCACAUCGACCCCACAUCGACCCUAUCAAAACAAUCAAAAUGAGGAGUUGGAGGAGGGAAAACAAUAGAAGUGAGGAGGAGGAGGAGGGGGAGGAAGAGGAGGGAAAAUAAUAAAAUUCUAGAGGAGGGAAUAAUAACAUUGAGGAGGGAAAAUAAUGAAAUUGAGGGAAAAUAUUAAAAUUGUGGUGUAGGGGAAUAAAAAACAUUGAGGAAGGAAAAUAAUAAAAAAAUUGUGGAGGAGGGAAUAAAAACAUUGAGGAGGGAAAAUAAUGAAAUUGUACAGAAGGGAAAAAGAAAAAAUUGAGGAGGGAAAUAAAAUUGAAACAUUGUGCGCAGUGUAAAAAUAGCUAGUUUGUCUUUGCCCUCAUUAAUAUGCACGAUUUGCCCGCCAAAAGUCAGUGAACCGGAACUAGGACAAUCACAGCAGCAGCAAAUAGGACAAGAGCUAGUUUGUCUUUGCCCUCAUUAAUAUGCACGAUUUGCCCGCCAAAAGUCAGUGAACCGGAACUAGGACAAUCACAGCAGCAGGAAAUAGGACUUGCAUAAUUACAUUACGCCUCCGUGAUUUUAAGUCACAGACAAGUUUGACUUUACUCCUUAGACAGUGAGAUUCCACCGCAAGUUAAUGAGAUACCACAGCAUUUUAUUCAUGAGAUCAAGACAAAAGGUUAUGACGUCAUUGGUGUUAAUGUAUUCCUCCCCACCUUAAUGAGAAUCCUCCCCAAAAAAGGGGAGUAAAACAUCCCUCCUAUACUUCUUUCUGUUCUCUUCAAAACAAAUGCAUUCGAUGUGUGUUUUUAUAGUAGAGUCAUCCAAAGUUUUGUAUAAACUUCUUGAUAUUCUUAAAUUUGAUAACAUUGUUGAACUGAGUACAUCCAUACUUGCACUUAAGAUAUUUAACAAGUCUUCCAGUAUUCCUUCACUGUUUUAUGAUUCUCUCAGAGCAGCCCCCAACUUGCACAAGUAUAACACCAGAUACCCCUUUAAGGGCAAUUUUUAUCGACCAAAAGUAAGGGCAACACCGGCAAAUUUACCUUUGCAUAUUUAGCCUCUAAAUUAACGAGGAAACAGUACCAACAAACUUGAAACGGCUCUCUACUAACAGUUUUAAAAACGGCAUAAAAAUCAUCUUCUCAAAUGUCAGUCAUAGUUUCUUUUCUUCUGAAUUUCCAACUAAAAUUUACUGUGUAAUCAUAUCUAUUAUCGUUUUCUGGCUUAUCUGAAAGUUGUAAUUUUGAAUGUAAUAUUUCCAAUCCGUUUUCAUGACGCUUCUUGCCUUAUGAAUUAGCUUAAUCUUAAUUAUUAUUUUUUUCCUUCGUUCCUUUCUUUACUUGUAAAUAAGCAGCAGCCAAUUUGAAAGCUUUGCUACUUUGGCUGUUGCACACUGAUUCAAAAAUUAUCCAUAUAGUUUUUUUAAUUUUAAUUUCUAUCAUUUCGUUUUCUAUAGUUUUUUGUAUUCUCAGUUUUUUUCUUCUCCUUUGUACCUGAAUAGUGUGAAUAAAAAGAUUGUUGUUGUUGUGAAGGGUAAAACACUGAGGGGAAUAUAGAGAGAAUUAAGUGAGGCGCGUACUUGGUAUGCACAAUUUAGUAUAAAAUAUGUAUACCUCGAACUGUUAUAUGAACCUGGUUUCAAAAGUUUCCCUCCAUUAAAUCUUUGGAACUCACCAGUUGGUCGAGGUCAAGCGCCGUAACAAAGGUGGAGCGUUAAUUUAUGACUAACCAAAUUUGCGCCGCGGCGUUUAUUAAAUUAUUUCGGUAAAGGUGCGGCUUUUAUUCGAGAGCGGCGCUUAAUCGACCAUUUACGGUCUGAAUUAGGUGUGAUCGUGGUGUGCCAGGAUUCCAAGAACCUGUUGAUUAGUUUGCGCUACAUCUUGGCUCUCUAUGGCGUGACCUUUGCCAGAUAAGCCUCUGGUUUCGGCAUCCUUCGUGCAGUCUUUUUUAUUUAAUUUUGUGCCUACUUUUUGAAAUUAAUCAGUUAAUAAAGUCAGUUAAUAGAGAUGCGGUAACUGCCUUUGUCAAUGACCAAAGCGUUGUUGACAUGGACAUGGACAUGAUUUGAACAUAUGAUUUGGCCGUUGUUUUUGAAUUCCUUAUCCAGACGUAGUUAAUCGAUAAAAAUCGUUAUGGGAAAUCAAUCGACAUCAUCGAUAUUAAUCGAUUUAAUCCGCCGAUAAAUAUCGAUUGAUAUCGGAAAUCGAUAGAAAUCGAAGUCACAGAGAAAAUAAUUUAUCAAUUAUUAUCGAUUAACAAAAUCGAUAACAAUCGAUUAAAAAAUCAUCGAUUUCUAUCGGAAAAUCAUCGACAUCAACCGAACUUUUUUCUAUAUCGAUUUCUAUCGAUCGAUUGCGGAAAUCGAUAUUCAUCGAUGAUUGAUAUCGAUUACUAUCGAUACAUAUCGAUUAUCGGUUUAUCGACUAACUACGUCUGGAUUCCUUAUGUGUCCUUUUUCACUCGUAAUAAAUGAUCUGCCGGUCUCACCGAUAUAACUCCGUGAACAAUUGUCGCAAGGAAUUUUGUAAGCAAUGUCACGUUGUAAGGCUAAUGGGGGUCGUGACUUUGGAACCUGGAAUUUGUUCUUAAUAGCUUAUUAAGAACGGUGAUUUCAUACUUCUUAACACACCUUUGAAGUAGGGUAGACACGCGAAGAGUUGUGUGACAUAGAGGGUUCACCAAUCUUAAAAACAUCAUUCCAACUAACUCUUCGAGGAAAGGAACUGUGGAAGGUUGGGUUUUUUUUCGUCCGGACAUCAAAAAUAAAUUUUGAAGGGUAGCCGUUGGAUUGUAAGGCUGAGUAAACUUUAUCUACACUUAUUACGGAGAUUAUGGUAUCGUAGUCAUAAUUAAUUCUCAUCAAUGUGUUCUUAGCCGUUUAAUGCAACAAGAAUCAAUGCAUCAGCCAUUGGGGACCGAGUUAAGGUGUUAGAAAAACAGACUCAGAAUAUACCUGGAAAGGCUGGAUUUUAUGAAGAGUUUGAGGUGAGAGAGUCAAACUACUUCCUGACAGAACUCUGAAUUUUCACUUGUACUUUAUUUGAGUUGCGUUAUUAGCCCCACCCAAACCGUCUAAAAUGGGUGUUUUUAAACUAUCGCUAAUGUCAUCAUAUCACAAGGCUAUAACAUUACAUCCUUAUCUUUUAUUUUUGUCGUAUCCACCUUUCCAAUGACGAUAGAGACGUCAAAUUGCAUCUUAUCGUUUGCACGGGCCACUCGACUAAAAACGUUGAAACGAGAGCGAGUGAAAUAAUAGCCUCCUGGGACAGUUUUCCCGACAGUCCGAAAACUGGAACGUUUCAAAAGCAAACCAUCCAACCAGAAAUUCUAGUAACAAGAUUAAGUGCGAAAGAAAUGUCACAACUGUGGAUCCGCCUCGUAAUGUUUUCUUAAACUCGGUUAUAACUUUGAAAGGUUUGAACCCAGGAGUCAUUUCAAAAGUAGGUUGAGUUUGAUCGUGCGGGUGAACGUAGGCCUGAAUAGGACUGUUGUUGUUGACAGUGACUGACGUUUCGACUGAACCUGUGCGGUAGUCAUCUUCAGAGUCAAAGUGAGUUGUAUCACGUCAGUUGAUGGUAUUAUUUAACAAUUAAUGAAUGAGGCUGAGUAUUUUAUGAAGAAUUAUGGAGAUCUCGGAGGGUGUUAUCCGCCUCGGUCUACGGCCUCGACGGAUAACACCCUCCUCGAUCUCCAUAAUUCUUGAUAUGAUACGAAAGCCGAAUUCAAUAAUUGUUUUAUUAUUGGAUAAAAAACAUUUCAAAAAUAAGGCAGUCAAAUUUGUUCUGACACUUUCUUAAGAUUCUAAAACUUUGUGCGAUGUCUUCAGGCUCCAUAUCAUGCUGCUCUCUGAGGUGGUUUCCGAUUGCCGAUCCUUUGUGUUCUUCAAUUCGUUGGUGUAGGUGUCGGCACGUGUAGCCGACAUAACCUGCAUCACACAGGCUACACUGGAAAGAAUACACCACGCAUUGUUGACUCACAAGAGGCGGCUUGUCUUCCUUGACCUUAAUUUCAUCUUUGAUCUUCCUACUUGUGUAAACUGGGCUGAUGUCUGCGUUGAUCUUCCUACUCAGGUCAGCCAGCUGUUUACGUACUACGUUUGCUGAUUUCUGGUCUUUGAAGGGUAACACGAUUCUGAUUGGGGCUUCUCUUUUAUCAGCCACUUGGGUGUGUGAAUCCUCGGACACUUUGGAUUCAAUGAAUCCCAAUCAGAAUCGUGUUACCCUUCAAAGACCAGAAAUCAGCAAACGUAGUACGUAAACAGCUGGCUGACCUGAGUAGGAAGAUCAACGCAGACAUCAGCCCAGUUUACACAAGUAGGAAGAUCAAAGAUGAAAUUAAGGUCAAGGAAGACAAGCCGCCUCUUGUGAGUCAACAAUGCGUGGUGUAUUCUUUCCAGUGUAGCCUGUGUGAUGCAGGUUAUGUCGGCUACACGUGCCGACACCUACACCAACGAAUUGAAGAACACAAAGGAUCGGCAAUCGGAAACCACCUCAGAGAGCAGCAUGAUAUGGAGCCUGAAGACAUCGCACAAAGUUUUAGAAUCUUAAGAAAGUGUCAGAACAAAUUUGACUGUUUUAUUAUUCAUUCAAAAUAAUUCCUAGUUUAAAAACAUGGCCAAAACAUGCUUACCUCCAUCGAUCCAUCGAUGUUAUGUUCAUCUUCGAUAGUGCACGUUUAGGUUUGUCCAGCUCCGCAAAUAUUCUCCAAAUAGCAGAUGUCGCUCUUCGAGUUGUCUUCUUGCUGUUCUUGCCAUGUUUUUAGCUAUUUUUUCGCCUAGUUCUUACUCUUGGAACGAGUGAAACGUCCGCUAUUUUUUGUUUUCAGAACCAAAACAACUCAACCUCGUCCCCAGGUCUUCUCGGUUAACGGUGCCUUAACCUGCAUUUUUGACGUCAUUUCCUAAACACAAAAUUCUUCCAAAUUUGGUCAUCAGUAACUGGUUAUGGUGAAUUAUGCGUGUACUUUUAGCCAAUCAGAAUCGGGGAAAUAUUUUGAAUGAAUAAUAAACUCUGGUUAUUAAUCUGAUCGGGCAAUUACGUCGCGAUGUUAUUGGUCGUCUGUUAGUUAAGCGGUGAUGUUAUUGGCUAUGAAGACAGUGUGAAGACUGGUAAUCAGUAAUUGGUGCGUUUCGAUCCGUCUAUUGUCACAGUUAAACAGUCGUCUAUUUUUAGUCAAAUUGUCAGUUCUCCAGUCGUUCUCACGUAGUUAGUUUUGCUUGAUCUCGUCAAUAAGUCGUUUGUACGGCGCUGGUAGCUGUUUCCUACGAUUCAGUGACUUUUGUUCUAAGUUAGUAAACCAACUUUCUAAAGUAAGUUGUUGAUAGUAGUCUGAAGAAUACGAAUACAUGUCGCCGGGUUCCAGUGAAUUUGAUGUUUCGUCUGUAAGUGGUGUUCAGUUUAUCUUUUUGCCCGUACAGGUUCUUCAAAAACAAGAGUGUAAACAUCUUUACAGCAGAAAAGAAGGUGAAAGACCUGAAAACAAAGCCAAGAACAGAUUCAUAAACAUUUUGCCAUGUAAGUCACGUGUUUGUUUGAUGAGUUCCUCAGUCUUAAAGCAGCAGAACGUAAAAACGCCAUCCCCAAGGAGAAAAUUAAGGUAAUUCCCUUGGAAAAGGAUGUAGUAUUCAAUUUGUUUUUUUCAAAACUUGGCACAGUUAAUCAAUGUUGUGGAAUACGCGCCGCUUUCUGACGUUAAGCCGAACUGACCUAACUCAAUUUUUAAAAUACACUAUCCAAUAUUAUUACAUUUCACAUUAACAAAGAAAGAACAACAUUGAAAGUGGAUGUGAUCCUUGCAGUUAAAUGAACAACCUAAGUGGGUUAAAAAGCAACCUGAAAAAAUUCACUCUUGACAAGGAAUCGAGCCCUGACCUUUGCUAUGACUGCACGCAACGCUCUAUCCAAUUGAGCUAAUCAAGCCAACUGGUUAUCUUCUAACCGCAUAGGUUGUUUAUUUAACUAUCAGGAUCACAUCCACUUUCGUAUCUUUAUGCGUAGUUCACAAAUAUAAUUUCUUUCACAACAACAUUGUCUGGGGAAGGAGGUCUGUUAUUGUCAAGUGUAAAAUGGAUGUGUUUUGCAUACGAAAUUUAUGGGAUAUAACGCUCAAUUCAGGCAGAAAAUACUUGAUACAGUGUUUCUAUACUAAAGAAAUAACCGUAUUACACAGUUAUGCAACUUUUUAGCACUUUCAAAAGUAACCAAAAUGUCAAGGAAAAAUUUUUAACCCGGAGGCCUUCAAUUUGCGGCUCUACCCUUGGGCAGUGUUGUGAUUUCUGCUUUUGUUUUAUUCUUCUUUCACUCAGUUGAUCACAGUCGAGUUGUUUUGCUUGGUGGUGACCCAUACGUUGUUGGAUCAGAUUACAUCAAUGCGAAUUUUGUCGGGGUAAGCAACUGGUUGACUCUCGAUUGUUAUUCAUCACGAGAUUGUGUCAUGAAAAAGUUGAAUUUCUGAGCACUCUAAGAGUUCUUCUUUUCAUGUAAGAGUCCCUUCUUGGCCAUAAUGUAAUGUUGUAGGGCAAUAGUUGGGAUUCAGUUCUGAAGGUUAUUGGCUCGAGCAUUGGUUGUAACUGUUGUUUUGUUUUCUUUGAAAAGAGACUCUGUUUUGAUCUGGAGAGGGGAUACUCCAUUAGUUUUCGGUGGGGAAAGACGAAUGCUGCUGGGACUGUGGAGCCAUUUAUCUUAUACCAGACUAUGUUCAGCUUCAUUAUGCAACGCUAUUGUACUUGCGGAUAAAGAGGUGGUUCUCUCCUCCGCAGAGGCCCUUUUGUGUAGUAGGGAGGCUGGGGAGAAAGAAAAAGAGAGCGCGCGGGGCACGAUGGGAAGGGAAAGACCGCUCCCGCCUUUUCCCUCUUCCCAUCGUCCCCCGCGCGCUUCUAUUUUUCGAUUGUUGCUAUUUUUAUUGGGAAACCCAGCGGGAGCCUCUGCGGAGGAGAGAACAGGUGGAUAAAGUACUAUCCAGGGGGUAAAUCUUAAUGACAAAAUCAAUUGUUUUAUGUGAAUGUGAUGGUCCAGAGAGUAGCUAGCCUCCCCGCAGACGUCCUUUGGGGUUCAUUUGUCACGCAUUCAUUUCUAAUGCGUGACAAACGAACCCCAAAGGACGUCUGCGGGGAGGCUAGUGAGUAGGAGGUUUUGUAAAUGGUUAAGGUACAUGCGGGUAACAUAGUUUAACCCUGUUUCUGUGACUCAAAGGAUCUAGGAGUAUUUCUAUUGUCCACUACACUUGUAUACUAGAAGGGAUUUUGCCGCUAUCAUGUCAACAGUGCCAACAAAAAGUAUGGAGUGUAAAAAUACAGUGUGGCAAACUCUGGUGGGAAACAGUAACAUAGCUCUAACCAUGUGAUGUACUGCCACCCUUCCCAGGGAGACGUUAGGAUCCUUCGUCAUCGUCAUCAUCAUCUUCUCUUAGCUACAAGUGUAAUAAAAAGGGUUGCACGAAAAUCAGGAAAUGAUUCUUGUUUUGUUUCAUUUUCCUCAUUUCGAUGACUUUUAUGUUUUAAUAAGGAUUUAUCCCAGAAGGAACAUUAUGUGCUCAAUUUGAAUGCUUAACCCUUUAAGCCCUAAGAGUGAUCAGCAUGAAAUUUCUCCUUAUAAUGUCAAUGCUUUAGAAACCGAGUGGUCAUGAGAAUUGAGGACAUGGUCAGGAAAGAUGAAUCUAAUAGAUACUUCAACAAAUUGUCCACACUACUUCUCUUGAAAACGUAUAGGGACAACAAAUGAGAAUUUGAAUUUUGAUAUUAGGGUUAAAAGGGUCUAAAGGGUCAACUCACUUAAACGGCCUUGCAAGCCCUGCAAAAGUUAAAAUAAUAUUGAACAUAGAAUACGUUAUUGUUGACAGCAGCCUAGUGACAAGGAGGGAUUGUCAACGCGAUACAUUGCAGCUCAAGGCUGCCUUCAAAGAACUGUGGAAGAUUUCUGGAAAAUGGUGUUUCAGGAGAACAGUCGGAUCGUUGUCAUGACAACGAAGGAAGUAGAGAGAGGAAGGGUGAGUGGUCUGAGCAGUGGCGGAUCCAGGGGAGGGGCCCGGGGGGCCCGCCCCCUUAUUUUUAGCCCAAACUGAGGCCCGAAGGGAGACUACCCCCCCCCCCAUUAUCUCAGGGUCUAAAUGACCGCCCCCCUUAUCUGAAGGUCUGGAUCCGCCACUGCUGAGUGCAUUGCAACGAAAGUGUUAACCUCUGACAAUUAAUGAAUGAGGCUGAGUAUCUUAUGAAGAAUUAUGGAGAUCGAGGAGGGUGUUAUCCGUCGAGGCGGAUAACACCCUCCGAGAUCUCCAUAAUUCUUCAUAUGACACGAAAGCCGAAUUUAAUAAUUGUUUUACUAUUCAUUCAAAAUAAUUCCUAGUUUAAAAACAUAGCUAAAACCAGCUUACCUCCAUCGAUGUUAAGUUCAUCUUCGAUAGUGCACGUUUAGGGUUGUUCAGUUCGGCAAAUACUCUCCAAAUAGCAGUUGUCGCCCUUCGAGUAAUCUUCUUGGUGUUCUUGUCAUGUUUUUAGCUAUCAUUUCGCCUAGUUCUUACUCUUGAAACGAGUGAAAUUUCCGCCAUUUUUAAUGUUCACAACCAAAAUAACUCAACCUCGUCCUCAGGUCUUCUCGGUUAAAGAUGCAUUAACUUGCAAGGAAGCUGCACUUUUGACGUCAUCGGUUGAUUAAUCGCAAAAUUCUUCCAAGUUUGGUCAUCAGUAGCUGGUUAUGGUGAAUUAUGCGUGUGCUUUUAGCCAAUCAGAAUCAGGGAAAUAUUUUGAAUGAAUAAUAAAUAACGAAUGUCGCCAAGGCUUAAGCAAAAUUGGAAAUGGUCAAAGAAACUUUCCUUCAUUUUUUUUGUACACAGUUUGUAUUUGAAAUGAAACUACCCACUUUGGUAUUUGUUUGACUUCUUACUCAUGGAAGUUCUUUUUGACAAGGCUAAAAAGAAGACAUUUUUGAACAAAUUUGUUUCUCACUAGUACUCUAAUUUUGAUCCAUAUUGAACGAGGAUGUGAGUAUUUCACCGUUUGUUAAUCAUUUGAUCCUUAAAAAUCCAGAGGCACUCAAUAUACUGCGAAGAAAAAGUUAUUGUUCGCAAUUUUUGUUCGCCACUAUCUUUCUUUUAAAUGAUAUCAUUAGGGCGAUAUUGAGCAAGACCGCUAGUUUUUCCUAUAGAUUGUUUUUCCAGUUAGAUAUCAAGCAGAUUAACGAUUAUUACUCAUCAAAACAGGCAUCGUUUGGUAAACAGUUCUUCCAACGAAUUCGCAUACUUUUCCGACUUCGAUCAUUAAGAUCAUUUCUACCAAGGGCGUGAUGAAUACCAAGACGCAGUCUCAAAACUGAAUUCAUGCUGUGAAAAGCUAAAGAUUGUGCUUUGGGAUAGCCUAUUCACAGACCCUCUAUUUUCUCUUGAAAGUCCGUCGAGCACGCGAGAGAAAAAAAAAAAAAGAAGAAGGAUUUAUUGACCGCCAGCGCAAGGAGGUAGGGGUGGGGAAGAAGAAUUCUUUCUUUCGCUCGCUCGCCUCGCUCGCGUGCUCGCCUCGCUUGUGCGCUCGCCGAUGUUUUCCGAAAGAUCAAAAAGAAAAAUAAAACAACGUCUGGGUACAGGCUAACUUUGGGAUCGUGUAAAUCACGACUGUAAAGAUAUUAAAAACAGAUACGUUAGAUCACAGCGGUUACAGAAAGUGAUUACUUUUUUGCGACUUAAGAAGACAUAUCUCAAAAAGCGGGCAACACAGUGAACUGGAAUACACCAAACUGAAUCAAUUGUCUGUUGCAUAAGCUGCUAAAAUUACACAGCCUCCGCUAACAAAGACGCUAUAGCAAUGAGCAAAUAACCUACCUAUAGUACAAUUUUUAAGCGUAAAAUCUGCGAAAGAAAUCUCCCUCUCAAUAGAGCGAAAUGUAAAAGGUUUUACAAAGGUUUCACGCCGAUGAAGAUGUGUGGUCUGUCGUCACAGUGACAUCAUUACCAAAUUUCCUCUCCGCCAAUGAGCAUUUGCGUCUACUUUUUCGAUGCAGAAAUUCAAAUUCCGGAGACAUGACUGCAAGCUUUCUCUCCCCUUUUUUUCUCCCCCGCCUCCAGACUCCCCAAGAGAACUCUCCGCAGGCUAUAAAUUCACAUUCUUAUAAAAUUCAUUACGAGUAUUCCAACUUGCUCAGUCAAGUAAGUUUUCACGGAGUUGAAGCGUUUGGUUUAUAAGUAAUUACAAUACCCAAUUUAUACAAAAUGGCCUUCCUGUUGACCAGAGUAGGGUUUUCUUAGGAGCAACUUUCAUAUUAAAGGUAAACUCCAAAUCAACAGCUACACCAACCCAUUCAAUUGUGAUUGUGCGACUGAGUACAAUUUUGAUGUCUCCAUUUAUGAUGUUUAGAACAAGUGUAUACGUUACUGGCCUGACCCUGACACCACUAAAUAUGUUGGUCCAUUCCAAGUACGACACAUGAAGGAGACCGAGUACACUGAAUACACACUAAGAGAGUUUGAGUUGACGUCAAUAGAUGAUGUAAGUGGCACGUCAUUUAUAUGAAAGAUAUGCUACAAACCAUUAUAGUUCAUAGUUUAGUCCGGCAAACUAUGGUUAUGUACAUUUCAGCCAGGGUAAAUAAGCACGUUACAAGAAGAGGACCGACUACUCUCUCUGCUACUUAUCUUACUGAUGCCUUUCAAUCAGGUACUGUUGAAAAUAUACGUUUAUACUGCAAGGCAAAGAUUUUUCAGUCUGACUGAAGACUGAGAAGUUGGAGUCUAAAAUGCACUGCUCAUUGUGCGCGCAUGAAUUUAGUUUUAAGUUUGAUACAAGUAGGGGCAACAAAUAACGGAUUUAAUUUUCUAAUGAUCAGUUCACUAGUAGAAUCUAUGGGGGUGCACUUGACUUGGUUUGACUGUAAUGUAACAGAACUGACUUGUAGCAUGUCACGUUACAGCCUAUACCUCGUACAAUAUAUCAGUUCCAUUACACUGGCUGGCCAGAUCACGGUGUUCCAAAAGAUCCAAGUACUGUAUUACAUAUUGUUCAUGAAGUGAACUCAAGACAACAGUCCAUUCCAAUGGCGGGGCCAAUUAUUGUUCAUUGCAGGUAUGUGUUAAUGCCUCAGCAUAGCUGCCAAAUUCCCAGAUUUCAGAUCUGCGGAUAUUGGCAUCUCUUGACUUCAAACACCCUCUGUAACUUAACCUUUUAGUCAGUCUGGACAUCUUUAAUGAAAUGCAGUGCUUUAUGAAGUCUGUCAGACCUUUGUGUAGCCUGCGAAAACAUCCGUUUCUCCUCGCUCUUCGCCGCUGGGGACGUUACGUCCCCAGCGGCGAAGAGCGAGGAGAAACGGAUGUUUUCGCAGGCUAACCUUUGUGAUAUGUUUUUGUUAGCUUUUUUGGACUUGACCGUGCGCAAGGUUCAGUAGCACUCCUAUCAUUUUCAACGAAACGUCUUCUCAAUCAAGAGCCAUAAUGGCUCUUUUAUGAAUGUAUUCAUCCACAAUGAGUGAAUGAAUAAGACUGCGCACAGUCAGGGAGUUCCAUCAUAACCUGAAGCACCGUUGUUGUCAUGAUUGAUUUUUGCCGACCUUCAUAAACAAUCUCCUCCAGUAACUAUGGUCCUAAUGCACAAGAAAAAGUGAUAUUGAUCCAGCGGUUUUACGUAUGCGUAAAAUUAGGAACUGUUAAACCUUAACUAACCAGACACCCAUGGUCCCACUCAGUCGCCAGUGUCGAUGUAAGAGAAGCGGCUCCUUACAGUAUUUUCUCAGUUAAAAAUUUAUUGCCUUUGACGUUUAUUUUAAACUUAGCCCAUUAGCACUCGCCUCCAACCAAAGUGGCUCGGUUUCAAAUCCCGGAAGCCAUUAUGUGGCCGGGGUUGAGUUUGUUGUUGGUUCUCGAGGGGUUUUUCCUCCGGUUAUCCCCUUUACUAAAAACCACCGCUACGUGACUAUUAUAUUUUGUUGUUCUUAACUCAUAGUUUGUUUGCAAAUGUUUUUAUCUUCAAACUGAGAGGAAGUUUACAGAAGUCGCUUAAGAUAACAUUCAAAAUGAGAUGAAAAAAUCUUAAUUCAUCCAAUUUUUUUUGAACGAAAACACUUUGGAAAGAAUGAUUUGCACACGCCGUAGCUCACGCAGAUGGUAGCAACACCAACACUCACCUCAUUCCCUACUAUCUGUUAACAAAGUCAAACGUGAAAAUGAAGAAAUGAUCGUCGCAGUGAACGCAAUUUAUGCAAUUGCGUAAAGAAGCCUGAAAAAAAUUCAGCACCUCAACGGGGUUUGAACCCGUGACCUCGCGAUGCCGGUGCGAUGCUCUACCAACUGAGCUAUGAAGCCACUGACGUUGGGAGCAGGUCAGUUGUUGGUUCAUAUGUUCCCGUGAAAUAAAUGAGUGUUAAUGAUAUAUGAAAUAAAUCAUAUAUGAACAACGUCAGAGGCUUGAUAGCUCAGUUGGUAGAGCAUCGCACCGGUAUCGCGAGGUCACGGGUUCAAACCCCGUUGAAGUCCUGAAAUUUUUUCAGGCUUCUUUACGCAAUUGCAUAAAUUGCGUUCACUGCGGCGAUCAUUUCUUCAUUUUCAUUUCAUUUCGGCAGGUCAUAUAUGAUUUAUUUCAUAUAUCAUUAAAAGUCAAAAGUGUCUCUCAUUACAUUACUUUAUAGUCUGAAUUUCAUCCGAUUACUUCGAGUCGUUUUUACUCCCUCAGUGAAAAUAAAAAUAGUCUCCUCAUCGUUCCUACAUAGUAUAGUGGCCACUAUACUAUGUAGGAACGAUGAGGAGACUAUUUUUCCCAGUUUUUCCCGAAACUUCGUGUGCAUAUUAAGGAAAACAGCAACUCGAGGCAUGGUAAGUUUCAUCGAUUUUUAUGUCCAUUUUUUAGCAAAUUUCCAGACCUAAACUUCGCCCCAUAUGUUCUCUAUAUUUACUCAUGUUAUGUGAAACGCGUAAGUGACACAAAUAGUGAGCCUGGGUUACCUGUGGUUAUGCUUCCCCUAAUUUCUGUGUCUUCGCCUAUUCAAAAAACAUGAUAUCGAUGUCAGCAUUAGCGAUUUUCGAUAAACUUUGAAAGUUCACAGUUCGCUUUUAUACGUUUCUCGCCAUACAUACCUUUUUAUGGAGGUGUAAACUAAAGCCAUCAAAAAUAGUAACUUAAAAAAACGUAUAUCAAUCGAUGUAACUCGAAACUUCACACACGACAUACACGACUCGUAUGUUACGAAAGGUGCUCUGAAUAAGUACGCUGUAAAUGUGAGUAGGAGUUACAGUGUAAUAUAAGGUAAUAAGGUAUUAUAUAAGCUAAAUUAUUAAGGUUGUUUUAAGGUUUAAGGCACGUUUCCCUCGUUUCCAUCGUACAAACAAUGAAUUCGGCUCUCCCUUGGGUCGAAGCAAGGUAAGCCACGGACUUCAGGAUUUGUUUCACGGUCGUCUCGCCAGAGUUAGAGGAAGAUGAUAUGGGUGAAUCGCUGGCUUGUUUUCCGGGUAUUCCCGCAGCUGGCGUUUUCAAACUCCUCGAUAACAUUAUUUUACGAACUUAAUCAUUGACCACUUGGGAAAAUCAUGCUUGUCGUCAAAUGUGGUGACGGCCGAUCAAUACACGGAUUAGUGUGGAUAAACCUAACAGCUUUUUAUUAGUCUACUCAAACAAGCGCGCCAGACUGCAAUUGCUAAGAUGUCGGCAUUUUACACUUAUUUUUGGGUGUUUAUGCUUUAGCAUUCCGCUUCUGAUUAAAUAAUUUUCUUCGUGGGUUAUUUAUAACUUUCUUCUCUAGACCCGGGGUUUGCUCAGUGCCGGCCUGUAAUUGUGAAAAUAUGGUUAUGCAGUUUCGUUUUACAGAAAAUAUGAUAACAAAACUUUGGGACCUAGUGUAACCUAUAUAUUCAAAGCUCCAACUCGUUUAAAAAGAGCCAUUGUCCUUAAAACUUUGACCCUAAAACAAGCAGCCCUCAGGGUCACUUAUUCAAGGUCAAGUUAAAAGCACACUAGUGUAAGUGAGGGGAGAGAUUGUUAAUUUCAAUUUACUUGUAGUUUUAAGCUUGUGUGAUUUAUUUUGUUAUAAGUAAAGCAAAAAAAAACAAACCUUUACACUUUCUUCGAAUUUUUACAAAUUCUAUACGGGCACAUUUUUGUUUUCUGUUAUUGUUCUCUACGCACAAGUCGAAACUGUCUUUUAUUUUUUCAGUGCUGGAAUAGGAAGAACUGGAACAUUCAUUGUAAUAGAUACACUGGUCAGAAUAAUCAAAGAGCAAGGUAUUGUACUUCACAGCAUUGCAUGUCGAAGAAAAGAGAAAGACCCAGCAUUCUGCAUUCUGUCAGGAUGACAAACAUUGAAUAACCCUGAGUUCUACUUUUCCUUGUUACUGCAGCUCUUGAUUGUGAGAUUGAUAUUUCAAAGACCAUUCAGAGUUUAAGAGCACAGCGAUCUGGUAUGGUCCAAACUGAGGUAGGUUAGGGUCUGUAAAACAGUUCCUUUUGAUAUUUGUCUUGUAUAUGUGAUAUUGAAUCAGAGGAUGUAGCAUUCACCAAAUUCUUACUCCGAGUUUGCCGUUUGAUUAACUGUACGUACACAUGCUUACUGUAUGCGUGCAUCUUGUUCUGCAAACAGUUUUCAUUCGAGUGGUCAUACUGUUGUCCACAAACUCAAGAGUUUAACUUCCGGCACUGCUUCUCAACCUAAGCCACUCCGGGAGUGAGAGAGUUAAUUGUUUUCUGUCCUCAUUUUAGGCGCAGUAUGAGUUUAUCUACAAAGCUAUUCAACAUUAUGUUAGCACAGAAACAGCAAGGUUAAACAGUGACAGUGUAAGUACAGUGAAACCAGCAUUAUGCACACCAUGGUAGUGUCUGUUUAACAUAUGAGUCCACUAAAUACAGGCUUGUAUUUGUUGCCAGGCUCGGAACAAGUCCACAAAAUCCAACAAAGUUUUACUCCAUCUUACACGGUCAAUCGAUUACAAUUGCUCGAACGACCUACGCUCGCGGGGCAUUCCGUCAUGUGUUCCUUUUACCUUCUUUUAUUAUUUAUGGCCAUAUAGGAAACACUUGACAUUUCAUAUAUGAACCUAAGAAAUGCCUCUUCAUCACGAGUUCCUUGAUACCUCAGAAGUUGGAUCGCUCAAACGGUAUUCUGAAACCACUGGGGUGGUUUAACGGUAUAGUCCAAGCGAAUUUACUGAAUAAGUCUAACACCGUUAAUAUAUAUUUGAAUCCUCUGUUCCGUUUUGAAAGUUUAUCCAUGAAAACGGGAUCGGCACUCCAUAUUUCAUCAACACCAUUAGAAAUGACUCAUACGCUUAG